AGUGAAUGAAGGGCCCUGACGUUGACUUGCUCCUUCCUUGUUGAAAAGGUCUCCGACUACUCCUGAAUUCUCAAGCCCCUGCUCCUGAAAGCAUAUCCUCGUCCACCUUUCAGUGCGAUGUCCCUGUCGGAUAUUCCUUGGAAUCAAUUCGGCCCUAUCAACCACUUCCCAACGAGGCAGCAUUUGACCUCCGGGCUCUAUCCGCAGCACCCGCACUCGCCUGCCUUUAUCGACCCCGGAUUCUCUCAGAUCUCGGGUACCUUCUAUCCUCCCGGCCAGCACUCUUACUUCAACAUGAACGCCCUAUCCACCGAUGAGAUGGAGACGUUCCAGAAACUCUCCAAUGAGUUUCAAGCCAACGUUCAGGGCCCCGCCGUCUCCACGAGGCAGUCUAGCGGCGCAAUCGCUGUGGAGUAUGCCAAUGCGGAUCCAACAUUUGUCACCAAGACUAGUGCACUUGCAGUAACGCAUCCUCUGUCGCGGACCAUGAAGGGGGAUGGGAACUGUGGCUGGAGAGCGGUUGCGUUCGGGUACUUCGAAAGCCUCCUCGGCCUCCAAAAUUUGAUGCAGGUACACCAUGAACUGGUCCGGAUAAAGUCGCUAAACGUGCUUCUCGAUCAAACGGGCCAACAAGAACACCUCUACGAGAUCUUUGUGGACGCGACGGAAGGUGUCUUCAACCAAAUAUCCGAGGCCAUCCAGAAUGGCAUCCAGGACGAAACGUUCCUCGUCAACGCCUUCAAUGACGAGUACAACUCCAAUGCCAUCAUCACCCACUUCAGACUGUUGACGAGUGCGUGGAUGAAACUCAAUCCGCACCGGUAUCAGGCGUUUCUCUCCUUACCGCUGGAUCAGUACUGUGCGACCCGGAUAGACACCGUCAGGACGGAGAUCGACGAGGUUGGACUGCAGGCGUUGGUUGACGGGGUCAUCGAAGCGUCCGGGUUCGCCGUGGAGAUUAUGUACCUCGACCGCAGCGAGGGGGAAGUGGUCACGCCUCACCUCCUGACGCCAUCGCGGCUCAGCGCAGCGACGAUCUGCUUGCUGUAUCGCCCGGGCCAUUACGACCUUCUCUACCCAGCCGAACCUACUGUGAAUAUGGAACCCGUGGUCAAUUACCAAUACGCAAUGACUUCUAACUACUCCCCCUGGGAUCAAGGUUCUCUCGCGUUCGAUGUGAAUACCAGUUUGAUGUCCAUCCCCAAUCUGAUGAUGGACCCGUCCUUUGGAAUGGCCCCUUCCCCCAUGCCCGCGGCGCCUCCCAGUCCGUAUAGCGUCUCGCCGCCUCUGGAAGUGUACCACUCCCCCAUGCACGCGUCACCCCCUCCGAUGUCUCUGGCCUCCCCCCCGCCGCCUCCUCGGAUUUCUGCACCACCACCCCCGAUGAGCUCAUUACCGCCUCGGUCCUCGGAUGGGCCGCAGAUCCGCUUGAACCCGCUGGUCAUGAAAAACAACCUCUGCCACUCUCUGCCGGUCACCACGCCAUUCAAAAAUUCCCCCUACAACCAGGCCCAUUUCCAGAACCAGGACUUCGAACCCAUCCACUGGGAACCCAGCGACUCCCGCCGAUGAACGGUCCUUAUGUAUGUCCAUGUCGGUCACGGUUUUCUCACUGGUUCUGGACCCCCUCACG